CGCCCUAAACCCAAAAUCUCAACACCAAAUCCUCCUCACCGCCGGCGACCAUGGUGCCGCAGCACGGCAUCCUCCUCGCCGUAAACCUCAUCUCCGACCACUUCGGCCCCCUCGUAGCUAAGGUGUGCGAGUGCCUCCUCCGCCACGGCGCGCUGCCGCUGCCGGAGAUCGUGCGCCGCGUCAGGCUCCCGCGAGGGCAGGUGAAGAACACGCUCCUCAUCCUCAUCCAGCACAACUGCGUCCAGGCCUUCUCGUCCCCCAAAGUUGCUGGCCGUAAGGACGAGCCGCCGGUGACGCUCUACCUGGCCAUUUUUGACAAUGUCCUGCAUCGGCUGCGCUUCUCCAAGUUCCUCGCUGUCGUCCGUGCGGACAUCCCAGAGUCAGAAGAUCUUAUUGAGGGAUUGCUUCAGAAUGGCAGGCUGACAUUUGACCAACUUGUGGAACGCACCAUCUCUAAAGUGCAAGAUGGCACCAUCGGAAGGGAAGAAAUACGUUCGAACUUCAACAAACUUGUGUAUGCACGUUAUGUGGAACGGUGCCCAAAACCUGAACCUUUUUUCAAUCCACUCGGAGAUGAGGAACAAACAUCUGCGAGGAAAAAAGUUACAAAAACUGUUGAGGAGGCUCUUUCACUUGAGAAGAAAGUUAUCAAUACUGCAACCCUUUCUGACCCAGAAAGAUUUUCUGAGAUCCCCUACAGCAUGGAAGAUUGCACCAAAGAUCCUCCGAAAGCCGUUUCUGGUGCUAAGCGGAAACACGGAGCCUUUGAGAUAGAUGAAGAGCUGAACUCAACAAUUCCAGAAAAUGAAGUACUUUGGCGGGCAAAUUUUGAGAAAUUUAUAUUCUGUCUAAAGAAGAAGUUUUGUGCGGACCGAAAGAAGUCAAAGCUGAAGGUUGGCACACAUAUUAUCUGGGAGUCGUUUUUUGAGGCCAACUUAACUGACAACGAUACCAACUCUGCGACAUCAUCAAUAAAUAGUAUUUUGGAGAAGCUAGGACAAAAGGAAGGAGGUGCAGCAAUGACACUCGAUCAGAUAACACAAGUUCUGGAGGAGUUACAGUGUACUACUUCCACUGAUGAUCCGGAAGCAUUUACUUUUGAUUUGCGCCAAAUGGUUGAAGCAUGUAAAAACGAGGAGAUUGAGUCACUUGUGAAAAAGACUUAUGGGCAAGAAGCUUUUACAAUCUUUAGGCUGUUGGCACAAGGUCGUCCAGUUGAGACAGAUCAAAUUAUUGACACAACAAUUCUCGACAAGCAGAUUGUUCAUUCAACUUUGUACAGAUUAUGGAAGGAUGACUACAUAGAUACAGCAGAGAAAGUCGGUUCCACACCAGGAACAGGGUACGCGCAGUUUUUUGUAUGGAGAGCGAAAAAUACAUUUCGUGAAAAGUACAUCGAUAAUCUCUAUCAUACUGCUUUGAACUUGCGCCUGAUGGUGGACCGCAUGGCUGAACUUCUACUCGAGGGUUCGAUGGAUGAAACAAAGGUGAAGAACAGAAAGAAUCUUUUGAUCCUAAUGCUGGCUAGACACGAUGACUCUCUCAUGCUGUUCCAUGGUUUUUGAAACCCUUCUGAAAACACUGGACCCCACGUUGGAGCCAAGUAAGAAUCCUACCGAUUCACUUGGUUCUUUGGUCUGUGGGCUAUGAAUAUAUAUUCAAUCUAUAAUCAUACACAGCAGGUGUUCUAGAAUUCUUGUGCGUUACAAGUAAGAAGUGAACUUUUGCUUAUUCCACUGGAUGCAUAUUUUGAAUUUUUGAUUAGUCAGUGUGCGCAAUAGUGUUGCAUUUAACUAUUCUCGUCAGGACUUGGCUGAGACGAGG